AUGGACAGUCAAGACGGCAUCGGCGCAUCGCCUCCCGUCUCCGUAUCGCCCGACACCAGGCAGGUUGACAAUGCUAUUCGUGCCAUCCAACACAAGAAACCAUUACCCACUAUCGACUUCUCCGUGCAUACCCUGGACGAUGGUACUCAGGUUAGCACCAAGGAACGCUUCUGCAAAGACGUGCAACCGCCGGCUUGGGAGCCUCUGUCCGACGAGCAGUUCUACCAAGACGAGGCGCGCACGAAGCCCAACCUCAAGGUCCUAAAAGACCAUCUCUUCCGCGAGGGUCGACUCACCGAGGAGCAGGCGCUAUUCAUCAUAAAUACUGGCUCUGAGCUGCUCCAUGCCGAAAACACGUUGCUGGAAAUCGAGGCGCCCGUGACGAUAUGCGGCGACGUACACGGCCAAUUCUACGAUCUUGUUAAGCUCUUCGAAGUUGGCGGCGACCCAGCCAUCACGCGAUAUCUCUUCCUCGGCGACUAUGUUGACCGUGGCUUUUUCAGCAUCGAAUGCGUCUUUUACCUUUGGUCCCUGAAAAUCCACUAUCCCAACACCUUUUUCCUACUCCGGGGGAAUCACGAGUGCCGUCAUUUGACCGCCUAUUUCAGCUUUAAACAAGAGUGCGAGCAUAAAUAUUCCGUCACCAUCUACGAUGCAUGUAUUGAGUCGUUCUGCAAUCUACCGCUAUCCGCUGUCGUCAACAAGCAGUUUCUCUGCAUACAUGGCGGAUUAAGCCCCGAGCUACAGACGCUGGACGACCUCCGACAGCUUGAUCGUUUCCGCGAACCACCCACUCACGGCUUGAUGGCCGAUCUGCUUUGGGCGGAUCCUGGUGAAGAUUUUGGCGAAGAGGAUAACAACCACUUCUUUCGACAUAAUGACGUCCGAGGGUGCUCAUAUUUUUACACCUACCAUGCGGUAUGCGACUUCUUAAAUCGAAACAACCUCCUGUCCGUCAUUCGAGCGCACGAGGCACAGGAUGCUGGAUACCGCAUGUAUCGCACCAGCCAUAACACUGGCUUUCCAAGCGUCAUUACACUGUUCUCAGCUCCUAACUAUAUCGACAUGUAUAACAACAAGGCGGCUGUGUUGAACUACGAGAACAACGUUAUCAACAUCCGCCAGUUUAACCAUACCGCUCAUCCUUUUUGGCUCCCAAAUUUUAUGGAUGUCUUCUCAUGGUCGCUACCGUUCGUGGGCGAGAAAAUGAUGGACAUGUUGAUUGCUAUCCUAAGCAUAAGCUCAGACGAAGAACUUACUGAAGAUACAAGCUCGUCUUCUCCCAGCGCUGUCACGCCUGUCAUUCAUGACACCGAAUCACUCGAGUUCAGGAAGCGAGCGCUCAAAAAUAAGAUUCUUGCCAUUGGUCGACUUUCGCGCGUCUUCACGGUAUUGCGACAGGAAUCAGAGGGAGUCUCGGAGCUCAAGUCUGCAUCUGGCGGUCGCCUGCCCGCUGGAACCCUCAUGCUAGGUGCUGAAGGUAUCAAGAAUGCCAUUCAAAGCUUUGACGCGGCGCAGCAAGUCGACUUGGAGAAUGAAAGACUGCCUCCGUCUGCCGACGAAGUAACUCGGCAGAUGGACGAAGAGAGGAGCCGCGCACUGGCCCAGGCGAUGAAGGAUGCCGAUGGUGAUAAGAAACUCCAGGCGCUCUCAAGAAAACUUAGCGUGUAA